AUGGACCCUAAUCAGUGGAGAAAUUUUAAUCUUCCAUAUGGACAGUCUCCUGGCAUUAGCCUGGGUUCAGGACUUGGACGACUGGAUAUGGGGCACCAGCAGGCAGCAGGGUUCAGUUCAGGAUUUACGCUACCACAAGGAUUAUCAAUCUCUUCUCACCCCAGUGCUCAAGAGAACCCUGCCUUAAGUGCUUUUGGACUGCCCAAAGUGUCACCUCAGGCGUCGUUUUCAGAGGCACCAUUGCUGAGGUCGCCUAUAGGGGAGCCUAUAGGUUGUAGUAUUCCAUCGCAUUAUCCACCUGAUGCCUUAAAAUCCAGCCAAGAUGCUGAAAGAGGACUGUUAAAUUUAAUGAACUCAAGCCAGCUCCCUUUAGAGCUGACAGGCCCACCCCCUGCUCACUCUGGAUCCACCAAUCAGUCUUUAUCUCGAAAUCCUUUGGCAGCUGAAAACUUCAUUCAACAUCAGCCUUUCUCUAUGAAACUUCAAAAUCAACCAGAACCUUUGAAGAUAUCUGUUCCUUCUUCAAAAGUUGGAUAUAGUGAAAUGAGAAGUCCUACCAGCUCCCUUUUGUAUGGCUUAUCAAGCCCAGGAUUGGAGGAACACUCUCAGCCACAAUCCUUGUAUGGUGCAUUUUCAUCAACACAAAAUUCUAAGCCUGAACAGUUCAGCACUACCCAUAGUAUGAACUAUGACCCGGUGAGUCCUGUCUCUGAUCAUGGACAACAAAGUGAUGAAUUUACACAUGUGGACUUUCACGAUCUUUCUCGUGUGGACCACUCUAGAAACUCUGUCAAAGUAAAUCAAAACACAGUUAUGAUGCAGCACAUGAAUGUUUCUAAGUCACUAGCAGAAGACCUUGGACCAGAUCAGAAUUCAUACAUGUCAAGCCAUCAGUUCAUGCAUGGAUCCCCUUCAAUACCUACUAACAAUGGUAACCCCAGUCCAAUUCAUCAGUCCCCCCACAAUCUUAGUCCUCAUGUUCCUUCAGCUCGGGAAAGUCCACAGCUACAGCAACCAACAUCCACCAUUAUAUCAUCACUCUCUGUGCAUUCAAUAGCAGACUCUACAUCAAAGAGUAAAAAAUCAAAGUUUCACAAGCGUAGGUCAAGGGAUGAAAAUCAUCAAAAUAUGGAUCUUGUAAACUCUGUGAAUGUGUCAACCAGUAAUCCAGCAUACACUGUUCCAGGGAAUUACCCCUCCUACAGUGCACCAAGGAACCAUACAGACAGCCCUCAGAAUCUUAAUUCAUUCAGUCCUCAGUCUUAUAGCCCUCACAUGCAGCAACAACAUCAACAGAUGCAAGGAAGCCAUCCUCAGAAUAUUCAAAAUGGCAGACACUCGAACUCUUCAUUGGGGAGUAACAACUCCCCUGUAAUGAAUGAAUACACCUCACUGUCACAGACUAUAAUUGGAACACAAAGUGCAUCCUCUCACACAGUGUCUCAUUCCAUGGAGAGCCCCUUGAUUAAUCAUAGUAUGAACACAAGCAUGAUAUCGCAACACACACUUCACUCUGGUGGCAUGCCCUCCUCCAUGGCUUCAGGUCUUACUUCUUCAAACUCCAUGCGGAUCUCAUCCAUGCAGAGACCAUCAGUGGUUGAACACCAGUCCACUUUAAAUUACAAUUCUGGGAAUUCAGUGAAAUCAACUCUUAGUGAUCCCCUUGGAAUGCAGGCUUUAGGACUUGUUGGGGACAGUGAGUAUCAAGUGUCAUCUGCUGAAAGCAGUAUGUAUGGCAAUAUGGACAGUUACGGCAAUAGAUUUGACGUAAACGGUGAAUGUCUUGGAUAUCAGGUGAGUCAGAGGAGAACUUCCACCAUUGAUGAGGAUGCUUUAUCAAGCUUGAUAGGAGGACAUCCUGCUCCUAGUCACUACCCUACAACAACACUGCCUCCAGCUCAGGAUCAGCCUACUGGAUCUGAGGGCUGGAACUGCUCUCAGGACAGCAUGAUUUCCCCACCUAAGACAGUGGCAACCAAACCUGAGCAGGAUGAUGAGUUUGCUCACCUUCAAAAGCCUCCCAGCAGUUCUGUGGUAAGCAAAGAGACCAAGCACAGUAAUAGCCUCUUUCAGAACCAUUCGCUCAAUAGUAAACCUGUUCCUUCUCUUGUGCAAAAACCGGAAAUUAAGAAAAACCCUAAUUCAGGAUUUCUUAAUUCAUUUCUGAGCUUCAUUCAAGGAAAGAAGCCAGAAACAUUAUCAAGUGUAAAUACCUCAGUUGUGAAACGACCAGAACUGCCAAAAUAUAUUCCAGAACCUCCAAGACCGAAACCAGUGCAAAAAUCAGAGAGAAAAUUCAGCAGUGAUAGUACAUCUCCAAAACCUGACACAUAUCCAAGUUCUCUGUAUUCUCCCUCCACUUCUCAGGCAUCCACAUUCUCAGAGGAGGAGGAAUUAGGAACCGCAAAUGUCAGCAACAAGGUUCAGGGUAUUGUGCAGCAAAUUAAAGAGGAUGGUAAGCCAAGUCUGAAAAUGAAAAUUAGUCUUGGCAGGGGACAGAGUGGUCAGAGUGUCAAACACACGGUAGACCACCCAAAAGUGACUAAACGCAGAAAUUCAAAAGCUACAAAAAAGAAACGUAGAGAUGAUUCGGAUGAUGCAUAUGUGAUGUCAUCAGGAGAUGAGGUUGACUUUGAUGAUUUUUCAAGUAAAAGUUCAUUUAUAGAAAAGCCCCCAUCACCAUCAGUUCCUAAGAGGCAGCUCUCUUCUCGAAAGGCCAAGGAAAGGGCACAGCAGAAGAAGAAAUAUGUAGAAUCCGAUAGUGAUGAUGAGGUUUUGGGUCCCAUCGCUCCCUUCAGCAGGAAAACCCCUAGUGAUGAGGAAGCCUAUGAUUCUGACCGUGAUCCAGACUGGGCCCCGUUUGAAGUUGAAACCAAAAAGGAACCUAAAGCAAAAGCACCAAGAGGAAGAAGGCGACGCAAUUCCAACAGAGCAUCAUUAGAAGUUGAAAACGAAAAUACUGAUCUCAGCAAAAAGAAGGCCAAAGUGUUCACUCCUGUUGAUAAAACACCAGCUGUACCACUUGCUAAGCCAGAACCAAGACCUCCAGAAUCUGUGUUCCCCCUACCAGUAUUCAGGAUAGGUGAUUUUGUGAUGGCCAAAAAUGACUUGAACAAUUUUGAGCGUUUUCCAAUCUGGAGGAUAGAUCCCGGUAAAAUGAUGAAGAAGUAUGAGCUAUUUACUGAUAAAGGGAAGAUACUUCACAUGGCCACCUGUACAUACUCCAGUUAUUUGCCAAAAAUGGAUUUAGAGUACAUCCCAAUAAAAGUAACCACCAUUAAAAAUGAACGAGAUGGUCAUGUAGUAGAGGUGUGUGAAGCAGAUCGUCCGAAACCUAAACUUGACUCUAGAUUAGAAAAUGAGUAUGAAGAAGAUCCACUGGCAGACAUGUUUAAUGUUUAUCUGCAGAUUUUCCUCAGUCGUGCCUUAGAGCCUGGAUUUCUUACUGCAAUACUGGACUCCAAAGAGGAGUUUUACCUAGGACCUCUUAACAGCAUUGACGACUUGAUUGACAAGAAGUUGAUUGAAAUUGACGCCAAAGUGCAGUGGAAACUUAAGUUUAAGAGUGCCCUACAAUCCAAACCACACAUUAGGGAACUAGAUCGGCUAAACCUGAAGGUAGCCUGCCAAGCAUGUCGAUUUACCAAUGAGCCUGCUAUAAAAUCUGUCCACCUGUUUGGUCAAUCCUAUGAUCACACAACACUAGCAGAAAAUAAAGCCACUGUAGAGGAUGGCAGUGUGGAGUUUCUGAUUGGAAAAACAGCCUCCACGUAUGCCAUACCUUUUCACAGUCUGUACCAUUUUAAGUACAACUUAUCCAAGCGAUGCCAGGCCAAGGUAGAUAUAUUAAGACAAGGAAACAGCAAGCUAGGCAAUGCUGAAAUUCUUGACAAAUGUCUCAACAACAGAACUUGGGUGCUAAAGAUUUUUGAUGAUCUGAAAAAUCUGCUGGAAAAGGACAACUAUAUUCAGCAGUAAUACACAGGCCUAUAGAGACUAAAGGAAGAUGGUUCAUAGGGUCAAUCUAGUCACAGCUCAAUGCAAUUAUAAGGGGACCAGCUGAUGAACUCAAUCUCCAGCAUACCAAGUUCAGAGCCAUAGAAAGCACAAGCUUUUCUAUAAAAAAAUAUUUUAUGGUUGUAGUUUGUUUGUUUCUCUGUUAGUUGAUUAUUUAUUAUGUAUAUAUUACAGGUACAGUGAAGUUAAUUUAAUCAUCUAUAGUGCCAUAUGUAUUUUCAAAGAGUAGUUGCUAGUAUUCAAAUAAUAUUCAACUUAUAGUGCAAUAGAGAGAAUAUUACGCUCACCUUCUAUAUUGGCUGGAGUAAGCUUUUCAGAUUAAGACGCAUUCUUACCUGUCUUGCAUACACUUUAGAAAGUUUUAUACUAUUAAAACUCCCUUCAACAUAUUCAUGGUAUUCAUCUGUAUUUCCAUUGUAAAUUGUAUAGUUUUUUUAGCACUAUUUGGAGUGAUAAGACACAACUUGGCUGCUAUGAAAUCUGGUUAGCAUGACCUUGCUCUUGUGGCUGUAACCAAGUGAUGCUUCUGUUUUUUACAGCAAUAGCUGAUGUACCCAUUGGGGGGGUCUAAGCUUUGGCUACCUUUUUUUAAAGAGGUAGUUUGUUGAUUGUCACCAAACUUGGCAUAAAUUUCCUACUGUAUACUAAGUUGCAAAUGCCCUAGUGAUUGGAUGGUAUUUGCUGUUUAAUAAAUUAAAUAGGCAGAAUUGAGAGAUGAAUUUGCUCCACCCACUUUUGAAGUCAAAAUAAUCUCAAAAAUUCAUUGUAAGAAUUAUAGCAAUUAAAGAAUUCUUGCACAGUUGAUGUACAUGUAAAUCAAUCUCUUCUCUGCAUGAUUUACUGCACAUUUAAUUUAUUUAUUUGCAAUCUUACUUAGCAGAGUCUUGUGAGCUAUUGUCCUCUUGUUAGCAGAUAAGAGCUUUAAAAUAAAUAAAGAAUUCAUGUACAAAUUUAUCAGCUUUAAAAUAAAUGAAGAAUUCCUAUACAUGUUUAUCAGUGAUUAGAAAUAAUGCUCUGAAAAAGAGAACAGAUAUUUUCUUUCUUUCUUUUUUUUUUAAUUAAAAUACACAUCUGUUAAUUAUGUUGCAUUUAGAUGUAAUGCUAAAGAUCAUAAAAAAUUUGAGACACCUUAUUUUAGCAAUAUUGUUAUUUGGGUUUUUGUAAGCAAGAAUAAAUGUUCACAAAUUUUGGUUAAUGGUGAAUAUAAUGUUUAAUAAAACAAAUAUAUACCGGUAUGCGAAAAUAAAGAGCAGACUUCUCACAUAAUUAUGUGAAAAUAAAGUUCUUGUGAAUAUUAAGUGAUUUACAGCAGCUAAAUGUAGGACAUAAAUACAUGUAUAACUUCUGCAAACAAAGUUUGAGGGUAUAUAUACCAUCAAUAUCUACUUAUCUACCUAUCCAUCUCUUUGUUUGAAUAAUUUCAUCAGAUCUGCAUGUGUGAGAAAGAUGGGGGAGAAAUUAUUCCCCCACAGGAGCUGUUUUCCCUUGAUUUUCUCUUUAGAAAUCACUCAUACUCUUUAAGAAAAUUUACCCAAGGUUUCUGUGGUGAAAAAGGGGGGG